UCCGUUGCGCUCCCGUGUUGCCUACCGUGCCGCGCUUAAAAUUCCAAUGGCGUUCACGAUGACGCGACCCGACGUGGCCUUUCCGCCACAGAUCCUGUCACGGCAAUGGAGCGCUGGCUUCAAUGGGGCGGAGAAGAAUCGGCUGCACGGAGGGGAGCUGUGGAUGAAAAAACCCGCGGCGUUGCCCAGCAAGGAACGCUUCCAUGUCAGCAAGCAGCAGGAUGAAGAUUGGUGGCUGCGUCAUAAUGACCGGGCCAAUUGUAAACCGGAUCCUGGAUUCUGUUACUACGUGCAGAGCCCAUUGCUGAAGCGCGGCGGAGCAAGCUGCGCCUGGCGGCCAAAAACGGCCGGAGCCGCAGCGGUGGAGCAGAGGAAGGCGUUUGUAGAGGAAACCUCCAAGUUGUUGGAAGAGAAUCCUAGGAGCCGAAAAGAGAUGGCCGAACGCUAUGCGCAGGUAAUGCGAAGCCCUUCAGUGCCUCUAUUUUUGACAUUGCAACGGCGGCAGCGACCACACACCACAGGGCAGCAUUCAAGUUGAGCGCGGCGACGAUCUGGCAAGAUAUCUUAUCCGGUGGUGAAUGGAAGGAGCGAUUCCAUGGCCAGUUGGAGCCUACUCAUUGAACUUCCCAC